AUGCAGAAUGUUUCCCCAGGAAUGAACACUAGCUCUGUGGUGACAGAAUUCCUGCUGCUGGGUUUCUCUGGCCCCUGGAAGCUCCAUUUCUUGCCAUCUGGGGUUUUUUUGCUGGUUUACCUGGUGGCCCUGGCAGGCAACGGCCUCAUCCUCACGGUCACAGCCCUGGACCCUCACCUGCACACACCCAUGUACUUCUUUGUGCGGAACCUGUCCCUGCUAGACCUGUGCCUCAUCUCGGCUGUCGUGCCCAAGGCUGUGGCCAACGCCCUGACACACAGGGCCUCCAUCUCCUUCCUGGGCUGUGCUGCACAAGUCUUCCUGGUGCUCUUCUCAGCUGUGGUGGACCUGUUCCUCCUCACAGCCAUGUCCAUGGACCGCUACGCAGCUAUCUGCCACCCCUUGCACUAUGAUGGCAUCAUGACCAGGGCCACCUGUGCACAGCUCGUGGCUCUGUCCUGGCUCUGUGGUGCCUUCAUCUCUCUUGUACACACGGCAGAGGUCUUCUCCCUGUCUUACUGUGACCUCAACGAAUUGCAGCAGUUCUUCUGUGACAUCCCCCAGCUCUUAGCCAUCACAUGCUCGGAGAGUGUGAUGACAGAAAUUGUGCUCAUUCUCACUAACGCCUUCCUGGACUUCACUUGCUUUAUCUGCAUCAUAAUCUCCUACAUCUGCAUAUUCGCCACAGUCAGGAAGAUUCCCUCCACGGAGGGGCAGUCCCGUGCCUACUCCACCUGCCUCCCACACCUGGCCGUGGUUGUGCUUUUCCUCUCCACCGCCUUCAUUGCUUACCUGAAGCCUAUCCUAGGGGCCCCUUCAUCCGCCGACCUCGUCUUAUCCUCGUUCUAUGUUUUGUUGCCCCCUUCUCUCAACCCCAUCAUCUACAGCCUAAGAAACAAGGACGUGAAGGCAGGUUUGAAGAAGCUAAUCACUAGGAAGCUCUUGACAAAAGAGAACCUCAUGACUUUCCUCCUGGAAUAG